GUCCAUUGAUUUCCUAGCAAUUAACAGUGGCACUACUUUUGUACUGAUGCUACACCUUCUUGAAGUCUCUCUUUUCUCUCCUUGCUUCCCCCAUCUAGAAGGCUAGAACUAGAAACUGCUGGAACACUGCAAUUCCCAAUCACCCAACACAAUAAAAAAUAACACAAUCAUAAUCACAAUUCACACCACCAUCUCCAAUAUCCAAUCUCCAAUCUUCCCCUUUCGUAAAUUCCAUCCACUGCUCUAAACUAAACUCUCUCUACUUUACAAGACUAAUUUUGAUUCAACUAUGGCAACUGCAACGACGUCGUUUCCGGGAGCAUAUCUUCGUGUUCCACCGAAGAAUGAUGUUAGGAAUGCGUUAUUCUCUCAACCCAUUCUCUCUCUUAACCUCUGCUCGAGAAAACCCAACUCGCUAAAAUGUCUGAAAUUGAGUAGAAAUUCCACUAAUUUUUUGCUGCUUAAGAAUUCUGGACAUUAUAAGAGAAAUUUCAGGUCUGGCUCUUUUGUUGUUCGAUGUGAAGCUUCAGGUAGUGGCAAGAUAUCUCAACAAGAAUUCACAGAAAUGGCAUGGCAAGCAAUUGUUUCUUCCCCAGAAGUGGCGAAAGAGAACAAACACCAGAUUGUGGAGACAGAGCAUCUAAUGAAGGCCCUUCUAGAGCAAAAAAACGGACUUGCUCGCCGCAUAUUCUCCAAAGCUGGAGUUGACAAUACCCGUUUGCUUGAAGCGACUGAUAAAUUUAUACAGCGACAACCGAAGGUCCUGGGUGAAUCUGCUGGUUCUAUGUUAGGACGAGAUCUUGAGGGCCUGAUUCAAAAAGCCAGGGAUUACAAGAAAGAGUACGGUGAUUCUUUUAUGUCUGUAGAGCAUUUGGUUCUUGCUUUUGCACAAGACAAAAGAUUCGGGAAACAGUUGUUCAGUGAUUUUCGGGUUUCUGAGAAAGCAUUACGAUCUGCCAUACAGGCUGUAAGGGGACGCCAAUCGGUUAUUGACCAAGACCCAGAGGGAAAAUAUGAAGCUCUUGAGAAGUAUGGAAAAGAUUUGACUGCUAUGGCAAGGGAAGGAAAACUUGAUCCUGUAAUAGGAAGAGAUGAUGAGAUACGAAGAUGCAUCCAGAUUCUCUCAAGGAGAACUAAAAAUAAUCCUGUUCUUAUUGGUGAACCUGGUGUUGGAAAAACUGCUAUAGCUGAAGGGCUUGCUCAAAGAAUUGUUGAGGGGGAUGUUCCUCAAGCUUUGAUGAACCGUAAGCUAAUCUCCCUUGACAUGGGAGCUCUCAUUGCUGGAGCCAAAUAUCGGGGAGAAUUUGAGGAUCGGCUGAAGGCUGUACUAAAAGAAGUGACAGAGGCUGAGGGUCAGACUGUCCUGUUCAUUGAUGAGAUUCACACAGUAGUUGGAGCAGGUGCCACAAAUGGUGCUAUGGAUGCUGGCAAUCUUUUGAAGCCUAUGCUCGGCCGUGGAGAGUUGCGAUGCAUCGGUGCUACUACACUUGAUGAAUAUCGUAAAUACAUCGAGAAAGAUCCUGCAUUGGAGCGACGUUUUCAACAAGUGUAUGUUGACCAACCUAGUGUGGAAGAUACAGUCUCAAUACUUCGUGGGCUUCGUGAGAGAUACGAGUUGCAUCAUGGAGUGAGAAUUUCUGACGGUGCCCUUGUGGAGGCUGCUGUGCUCUCAGAUCGCUACAUUAGUGGACGAUUUUUACCUGACAAAGCUAUUGACUUAGUUGAUGAAGCAGCUGCUAAGCUAAAGAUGGAGAUCACAUCGAAACCUACUUCCCUUGAUGAGAUCAACCGUUCUGUAUUGAAGCUUGAGAUGGAAAGACUCUCACUUACAAAUGAUACCGACAAAGCAUCAAAAGAGAGGCUCAAUCGGCUUGAUACUGAGCUUUCUCUCUUAAAGGAAAAGCAAGCUGAAUUGACUGAACAAUGGGAGCAUGAGAAAUCUGUAAUGACACGUAUACAGUCAAUCAAAGAGGAGAUUGACAGGGUGAAUAUUGAGAUCCAGCAAGCAGAGCGAGAGUAUGAUCUUAAUCGUGCUGCUGAACUGAAGUAUGGCAGCCUCAACUCUUUGCAACGCCAAUUGGAAAGUGCCGAAAAAGAACUGGACGAGUACAUGAAAUCUGGGAAGUCAAUGCUACGUGAAGAAGUAACUGGGACUGACAUUGCUGAAAUAGUCAGCAAGUGGACUGGAAUUCCUGUUUCAAAGUUACAACAGUCUGAGAGAGAGAAAUUAUUAAACUUGGAAGAAGAGUUGCACAAACGCGUUGUGGGUCAAGAUCCUGCAGUGACAGCUGUAGCUGAGGCUAUUCAGCGCUCCAGGGCUGGCCUUUCAGAUCCACAUCGUCCGAUUGCUAGUUUCAUGUUCAUGGGUCCCACAGGUGUGGGAAAGACAGAGCUAGCAAAGGCCCUUGCCUCGUACAUGUUUAACACGGAGGAGGCCCUUGUCCGAAUUGAUAUGAGUGAGUACAUGGAGAAACAUGCCGUCUCAAGACUGAUAGGUGCCCCGCCUGGCUACGUGGGCUAUGAGGAGGGAGGCCAAUUGACGGAGAUAGUUAGAAGAAGGCCAUAUGCAGUAAUCCUAUUUGAUGAGAUAGAGAAGGCCCAUGCUGAUGUUUUCAAUGUAUUCCUUCAAAUUCUGGAUGAUGGUAGGGUGACAGACUCACAAGGUCGAACAGUGAGCUUCACCAAUACUGUCAUCAUUAUGACUUCAAAUGUUGGGUCACAGUACAUCCUAAAUGCGGAUGACGAGACAUCAUCAAAGGAGGUAACAUAUGAAAUUAUAAAGCAGAGAGUGAUGGACGCGGCCAGAUCAAUCUUUCGUCCUGAGUUCAUGAACAGAGUUGAUGAAUAUAUAGUCUUUCAGCCUCUUGAUCGUGAUCAGAUUAAGAGCAUUGUGCGAUUACAGCUGCAAAGAGUACAGUCAAGGAUUGCAGAUCGUAAGAUGAAAAUUGAAGUGACGGAUGCUGCAAUUCAGCUUCUUGGGAGCCUUGGAUAUGACCCGAACUAUGGUGCUAGGCCAGUGAAGCGUGUAAUACAGCAGCAUGUUGAGAACGAGAUUGCUAAAGGCAUCUUGAGAGGGGAAUUCAAGGAAGAGGAUUCCAUUCUUGUUGAUACGGAGGUCACAGCAUUUUCGAAUGGCCAACUUCCUCAACAGAAGCUGGUGUUCCGGAAACUGGAGCCUGGGUCGAUCUCUUCUUCAACAGAAGCCAAGCAGACAACUACUCCUGUCUAGACAUCACUGUCGACCUCAUAUUGCAUAUAGAUUUGUGCCCAAGGUUGUGAGACUAUGGUAUAUAAAAGCGGUACAGUAGUUUUUUUUUUUUGCUUAGAAAUUACACUUCAAAUAUCUUGUACACACUAUUCACAGAAAGUUUCUUUCCCAGAAUCAAAUAUUAGAGGAGAAAAUUUUGUUGUUAUGCUAGUACCUCUUUUAAUAUUUAACUAGUUAUUAGGCCCAAGCUAUGCCUCGGGUAAGAAAACAUUUCAUUUAUUAAUAUAAUACUUUAUAAUAAUAACACUAAAUAAAACUUAGCCUAGUGGUUAAGACUUUAGGAUAUGUAUUUGAGGUCUCGGAAUUAAACCCUAUACUACACAAUAUGUGGACAAUUUCUUAUUUAUGCACGUCUUUUAAUAUAUUUGUAUAGAUUAACUUA